AGCAAGGGCUGGAUCCUGGGCCCGGAGCUGUGCGACAUGUGGACGUCGAGCGACGUGCUGUGCUGCACAGCGUCCAUCUUGCACCUGGUGGCCAUCGCGGUGGACCGCUACUGGGCUGUCACCAACGUCGACUACAUCCACACGCGCAACUCGUCGCGCAUCGGCAUCAUGAUCAUCGUAGUCUGGGCCGUCGCGCUCAUCGUGUCGCUGGCACCGCAGUUCGGGUGGAAGGACCCGGAGUACCUGGACCGCAUCAACGUGCAGCAGCGCUGCCUGGUGAGCCAGGACGUGGCAUACCAGAUCUUCGCGACGUGCUCCACGUUCUACGUGCCGCUGCUCGUCAUCCUGGUGCUCUACUGGAAGAUCUUCCAGACGGCGCGCAAGAGGAUACACCGUCGACGCCAGCAGCGGCCGCCGGACAAGGCAGCGGCUGCUGCGGCCCGGCCGCCAGCGACGCCGGGGGCGGAGAGCCGUCCGCCGUCCCUGUCGCUGCCGUCUCCCGGCCCCACCGCCGCCCCCGUGCCGGCCUCACUGCUGCCCGGCGCCGCCUCCGCCCGCACGGGACCCACCGUCAAGUUCCUGUCCAAGCGCCGCUUCCGUCGCCUGCGCGCCAGCAAGAAGUCGUCCGCCGCCGAGGCGCUCGUGUCGUCUCUCGCACUCGUCGAGGGGCAGUCCACCGCCUCGGCAGAAGCUAUCAGCGAUGACGCGACCAGUGGCGUCCCUGCCACCACAUCGUCGCCCACGGACGUGUGCGGCGACAGCACGGCCACCCUGGACGGCAGCGCGCCUGCCCUGGAAACGACGGCGUUCACCAUCAGCAAGGCGGUAGAGCAGCGCAGCGCCGCGGCCGCCAACGCAGGGGCGGCGGUGGGGGCGGGGUUGGCCGCCGCCUCCAACAGCGUGUCGCCCGAGAAGUCGUCCACGCCCACCACCACCAACAACGGCUCUGCCAGCCACCAGAGCCACAUGAGCGACAUGUCGCGCUCUGAGAUCCUGCACAAGGACGGCGGGCCAGCUGCGGCCGCCUCGACGCCGCGCGCCAAGAAGGAGAGCCUCGAGGCGAAGCGCGAGCGCAAGGCAGCGAAGACGCUGGCCAUCAUCACGGGCGCCUUCGUCGUCUGCUGGCUGCCCUUCUUCAUUAUGGCGCUGCUCAUGCCGCUCUGCGACACCUGCGUCAUCAGCGAGGACCUGUCCAGCUUCUUCCUGUGGCUUGGCUACUUCAACUCCACCCUGAACCCCGUCAUUUACACCAUCUUCAGCCCCGAGUUUCGGCAGGCCUUCAAGCGCAUCCUGUGCGGUGCCGGCAGCCGACGCUCCAAGUUCCGGGCCGGCAAGCUCAGAUAA